GCAUCACGGUGGUUAUGAAAGAGGCAUGGGCAUUGGUGCCACUCGGACUUACUUGAGGGCGUCCUCCAUACCGGAAAUCAACACUUCUAAUCAGGAGCUACGUCGCGAGGUGGCUGAUCUUAGAGCUCGGGUAGCUGAGAUAGAUAAUCUCAGGGAGGAGCUUAGGGAGGAGCUUAGGGAGGAAUUUAGGUCUCAGAUGCGCUUGAUUACUAACAAUAUGGUUAAUUCUCAGGGCACUCGUUCUACUCCCACUCGUAAUGAUCCAUCAACUUUUAUGCGUCCUGCUCCAAUUCAUCAGCCUGCUACCGAUAUACCUCAUUCUGCUCGUCCUGCUUCGAUUGCUAACACUUCUAGUUCCAGUGCUCAAGGUUUGUCACAUGAGAAUAUUGCUAGGAUAUUUGCAGACUUAAGGCGUUCGGGUUUGUCCCAAGAGGAUAUUCUUCGAGGAAUUUCUUCUGUUCCUUGAUUGGAUGAAUCAGACUAUUCCUAUCUUAUAUUUUGGAUGUAUGAGACAUUUUGGAUA